CACCGCCGUCGUCGGUGUGUCGCUAGAAACGCAAGUGCGAACGAACGCUGCGCGCCGCGUUCCACGAGCACGUUUGAGGGUUUAAACCGCACGGUCGUGCGAGCCACACCGGUCGAACCUCCGAUCUCCUUCCGCUUGGAUACGUGACCGUAGGAAAAAAUGCCUUACGAGUCCUUCCCUCCCUUCGCCAUCAUCGUCGGCGCCAUCACGGCGAUGGGUGGCGUGCAGUACCUCGUUCACCACGUUUACGAGGGUAAGCCCAAGGCGGCGGGCCAGGAUAACUUCGACAGGCUGCUCAAGUACCGCGACGAGCGCCUGAAGCAGGAGGCCAAGACGGGACAACCAACGCUUUGAGUCGAAUCCAGCAUCGUUUUGGGAGAUUUUUUGUACCUGUAGCCUGUUGCCUGCGGAACGUGCGGGGCGGCGUGGGGGCCAAGCCGGGGCCGCGCGCGCGUCGCCCAAUUGUUUUCGCUUAGAAUUGUAAUACACGUCCCAUCAUUAGCC